CUGAUGGCUUCUGGCGUCAACAAGAAGCUCCAUCCUCCCGGGACUUGCAAUGGGUCUUCUAAAGCAAACCCUCCUUGCAGCUCGUCGGACGAAGGCGGCCAGGAAAUGCACAUGAAAAUGUGCAAGAAGAUCGCCCAACUCACCAAGGUGAUAUAUGCUCUGAACACGAAAAAUGAUGAGCAUGAGGCCAGCAUCCAAGCUCUCAAAGAAGCCCAUCAAGAAGACAUCCAGCACAUCCUUGCUGAGACACAGGAAACAGCCCUCCAGUAUCAAAACAAAGUGGAGGAAGCACAGGAACUCCAGAGGUACGUCCAGUUCCUGGAAGAAGCGUUGGAAAAACGCAGGCGGCAAAAAGGCGAGGCAUCGUCAGAACUGGCCCUGUGCAAGAAACAGAUAGAAGACAGGGAUCCUCCAGUAGAGGCCAAACAAACAGAUGAGAAGAUGUUCCUGCCCCAGGAAAUGGCGCACACAAAGCUAGACUGUGAGCAUAGAGUUCAGACUUCAGACAAGGAGUCAGAGGGCCUUGUAAGCCAACGCUGGGCGUUUGCAGGAGACCUUCCGGAUAACAAGGGGAAGUUAACUGAAAUGUACAGCCUGAACAUGCAGGCUGUAAUGAGCGAGACAGCGAACCUCAAGUGGGAGAACCAGAAACUGGCCGAAGCAUACGCCGAGAAAGCCAGCCAGCUCCAAGCCUCUCAUGAAAGGGAAAAAGGAACCUGGAGAAAGGCCAUGCAGCAGUCGGUGGCUGAUUCGUGCAGAGAAUGGCAGCACAGGGAAAGGGAGCAAAGGAAAAACUACGAAGCCCAAGAAGCUGCAUCCCAGCAGCAGCUGGGAGAGCUGGAGGUUGAACUGGAGGCAAAAGGCCAGCGAAUAAAUGAACUGAAAAAGUAUUCCCAGAAGCUGAAGGAGAAGAUGCAGGACCUGGAAAUACAGCUCAAGAAGGCACAACAAGUGACUAUGGAAUCUCAAAGUAUUAGGAAAACACUGGAAGAGGAGCUGAUUGUUGCCAAAGAAAGACUUCUGUUGCAAGAAAAUGAAAUACUGCAUAAAACAGAAGCAAUGGAGACUGCACUGAAUUCCCACAGCAAAGUCAGGAGUGAAGUGACUGAACUGAAGACGCAGGUCCUGCCCCAUCAGCAGGCAUUGUCUACCAAACAGAGCCAAGUUGGUGAAGAUUCUCAGCCCAGCAAAACUGCAGGUUUGGAAAACGAAUCCAUUAAAGAGCAGCGCAAAGAAGAGCUCUGCAAAAUCGAACAUGAAUCAGACGAGGAGAAGAUUCGUUUAAAAGAGCAGCUGGUAAAAGGGCUGGAGGACCUUGUGAAGAGGCACGCUCACGAAAUCAAAUCAGCCCAAGCCUCUAUGGACAGCGAGAGAAAAAAACUGCAGAAGGAAGUCCAGAUACAGGUAGAAGAAUUAAAAAGGAAAUAUGAGAAAGAGAUCAGGCAGCUGCAGAAGGAGAAAGAAGGAGUAAAUGGAAAGCUUCGAGACUGUUCUCUGGAGGUCUUAAAGCUGGAGACGUUCAUCAGACAAAACCGGGACAGCCCCAAAUAUGCAGAAUUUCUUAAAUCUCAUGCCAGAAAAAACCAUGAGAGGCAACAAGAGGAUGCAUUUGUACAACAGAAGGACAUUUCCAAGCAGCCCAAAGAGAGUGCAAAAGGCAGAGAGCAGCUAACAGCUCUACCGGGGACCAGAAAUGGAGAGAAACUAAGGCUGGACUCUGGAGCUACACCAAAGAAAGAAGGCCGGCAGGCUGUUGCAAGUUCCCAGAAGGAGAAAACCAAAGAAAUCCAAGCCUUGCAAGAGGAAUGGUACUACCAAAAGACAGAAUUGCAAGCUCAAGUCACACAGCUGAAGCAGACUUUAGAAGAGCAAGCGAAUGCUUUCAGAGAAGCCCUCAAAGAACAGGAUCUACAGUCCAGGAAAGAGAAAGAAAGCCUUUUGCAAGAUCUUCAGGAUGCUGUUAAGCAAAGCCAAGAUACACAAGCACAGCUGGAAGCGUCUCACCAGAGAGCCAUAAAUCUCCUGGAGAAAAGCAAAAAUCGAGAGCUCAAGGAGGCAGAGGAAUACUGGAAGAAGGACUAUAAUGACAGGUUCAAAGUUGAACAAGAGUCACACCUUUUGGAAAUACGGGCCUUGGAAGAGAAGGCAAGAGAAGAGUUACACAGUGAACUUGAGCAGAUGCAGAAGCAACAGUCUUCGUUGACAGAAUCUCUGAGGAUGGAGCUGUCUGAGCAACAGAUGUUUUGCAUGACCCACAAUAAAGAAAAGGAGGAACUCCAACUAGAAUUGAAGAACAUGAUGGUUGUAAAGAGGCAACAGGAAGGAAGUUACCAAAAUCGGAUAAAAUCUCUUAAAGAUGAACUGGAGAACUAUCAGAGUGAAAUUUCUGGACUCCAGAAGGAGAAUUCAGUUCUAAAGGACACAACGGAUCUGCUGAGUGUCGAUGUGGAGCUACAGAAGCAAACAUCUGCACAGCUUCAAGAGAGGGAGAACCGGCAGAGAAGGUUAUUGGAAGAGGACCUUAAAGAUAAACAUAAAAAGGAACUGGACAUCUUGAAACAAGAUCAUCAUACGGAGAUUCAGACUGUGAUGACUGAUUUCAGUAGUUCACAAGCCCUUCUCCAUUCAAAGAUUGUCUCCCUGGAAAAUGAACUUAAAGAAUUAGAAGAGAAACUAAGAAAGAGGGAGCCUAGGUUAGAAGACCUGCAUCUUAUAGGCUGCCUGCAAGAUAAAUUAAAUGAAAAAGAAGAGAUGAUCAAGGAAUUAAUGGACGGAAGAAAACUUCAGCAUUCGCUUAUACCCAGUACCGAGCCUCGUCGCAACCGGUCCUUUUCUUUUCAUACAAAUCCUACUACGUGUUUGACACCUAUUGCAAAGAAGAAGAAAAUGGAAGAAGCUCCCAGCCGUAUUGUCAGCGUUCCCAAUUUAGCCUCCUACGCAAAAAGCUUUUUGAGUGGCGACUUGAGGCCUAAGAGAAAUCCACCACAGAUCACAAAAUCUACAAGUUUAGAUCAGAAUCCUGGCUGUGUCAGAGUGUUCUAUCCAUCUGUACAAGUCUUGGAAACCAAGCCAGCCCCAAGGCUGCAAAGCAAUGAAACAUCAAAACCAAAAGACGCUCAGAAAUCAGACCCUCGACAUCAGGAGUGGUUUACCAAAUACUUCUCUUUCUGACAGAAACUAUUUGUAUAAUAUCCAACAUUGGCAUUAUAGUUGUUAUUAAAUAAUUACAUAGUACCCUUUACCUGAUGUUUUGCAGAGUAUAAGCAAAGAAAACACAGGUCCUGCCCCAAGAACUUUACAAUCUGAUAUUUAAUAGUAGAGGAGAAAUCAUUGCCAUG